AUGAUCAAAAUGUUAUUUUGUAUCCUUUUUCUCAGUUCUUGUGAAGAAUAUCACGAAAUUACAUUCAAACCCGGUUUGAACUUUAUCACAGAGCCUAUUAUAAUUAAAAAUAGCCACACGAAAAUCGAUGGAAAAGGUAAAGUUCGUUUAAUUGGCGGAAUUAAACUUGGAAAUGCACAACAGGUCAAAGAUGAAAAUGUUCUUAGCAGGCUUGAUGAAAGUGUACGAGAUAAAAUCUAUCAAAUUGAUCUCAGCGAAUUUGGAAUUACAAAUUUUUUACCAUUUGAUGAAAUCGGAUUCAACAUUACUACAUCCUCAUCACAUAAUAACUUAUAUAUUGAUCAGCAACAAAUGAAUCUUGCUCAUUAUCCAAGAUUUGGAAAUUACAUUUCACUAUCUGAUCCAGGUCCAUAUCCUGUUAAUCUCAAGAAUGGUGUACAAUUUAAUGAUAGUAGAAUAUUUACAUGGAAAUUCCAUCCAAAUAUCAUGGCUUGGGGAUAUUGGGGGACUGAUAACGCUGGAGUGUAUAGAAAAGUCUCUAAAAUAGAUAACGACAACCACAAAGUUUAUUUGGUAAAUAACCAAAAAGCUAAUAAAGCGGCCAAGGUUGUAUUUUAUAAUAUUUUCGAAGAACUUAGAUACCCUGGAGACUUCUAUAUAGACCAAAACACAAAGAUACUAUAUUUUUAUCCAUUUGAUAAAAUUACCUCAAAAUCCGAAAUAAUUUUAUCAAAUUUCAAUAGAAGGAUAAUUUAUGCGAAAUCUAUAACAGACAUAGUUAUUAAAGAUAUAAGUAUUGAAUGUUCAGCUUCAACUGCACUUUCUUUCAGCAAAUGUGAUAAUAUAUUAAUUGAAAAUUGCCAUCUUUUCAAUCUUGGCCUUAAUGCAAUAACAUUUUCAAGUUGUAAUGAUUUCACAGUUACAGACUGUAAAAUUCAUAACGUAAUGCAUAAUGCGAUGAAUAUUUAUGAUGCAGGAAAUCGAAAAACACUCAAAAAUUCCAAUUCCAUUAUUUACAAUACAGAAGUUUAUUGGUUCUGCAAUAUGAGUAGGGAUGGAUUGACACAAGCUUUCAGAAUAGAUGGUGUUGGAGUAACCAUUUCUCAUUGCUAUAUCCAUCAUGGGCCAAGCCAGGGAAUUUAUUAUGAUGGAAAUAACAUGUUAUUUGAAUAUAAUGAGUUUGCUUAUUUACUUGAUGCUCCUUACCCACAAUCUGCUAUCUAUGCAGGUGUUGAUUAUACAACAAGAAACAAUACAAUCAAAUACAAUUAUAUUCAUGAUUUGUAUCAAGAAGGAAUGGAGCAUUUUGGUAUUUACAUGGAUGAUGUUGAAAGUGGUACAAUUAUUACACAUAACAUAAUUGUUAAUUCCGAUAGAUCAAUUGCCCUUGGCGGAGGAAGAGAUUACUACGUACGAAACAAUAUUAUUGUUAAUGGAAGAAUUGGUAUUUGGGUUGAUGCAAGAGCCGCUGCUCAAGCAGAUUUCUUCCAUCCAAUUUUGAGACCAAAGUUCUAUAAAAUACGUGGUGAUCCAAAUGUUAGAGGAAAUCUACCUCCUUAUAUUACAUCAUAUCCAAACUUAUCAGUUAUUGAUAAUUAUUAUAAGAAUAAUACUGUUGAAAUUCCAAAAAUUCCUCCUUCAGCUUAUAUAUUCGAUAAUUGCCACAUUUAUACAAAAAGUUAUCUUAAUUUACUUCAAACAAAAGUUGAUGGAAAAUCAACAAUGGAAGAAGUCUAUGUUAAUAACUAUAUCAAUGCAACAGAAGAAGACUUUGCAGAUUUCAAGAAUGGUGACUAUUCAAUUAAGAAAGGAUCAAGAUUGCAUAAAUUAGGUCUUGAUCCAAUUAACCAAAAAGAAAUGGAAUUAAAAGAUAAGAAAUCAAAGAAUGUUGUCGUGCCUAUUAUAGUUACCAUUAUUGUAAUAAUAGUUAUCGGUGUUAUAAUAGGAUUGAUCUAUUUCAAGAUUAAGAAAGAUAAAGCAGCUGAAAGAUCAAUAAGUGAAAAGAAUUUCGAAGUCUAA